AUGUCGUGGAAACCCCAGGACGCGGUUCCCGAACGAGUCCAGCAGCUCUUGGCCAGCCCGUCCAAACUCAACAGCAUGCUAGCAUUUACUCAGAUCGUGAGACUCUUGAAAACGCAGCCUCGAACCGGAUGGGUCGACAGAGGAGUUCCCCGAGCUGAGACGGAGUCGAUCUCUGACCACAUGUACCGAAUGUCGAUUAUCGCCAUGGCCAUUCCAAACAAGUCGAUCAACAUCGAUAGGUGUGUGAAGAUUGCGUUGGUGCACGACAUUGCCGAGUCUCUUGUGGGAGACAUCACUCCGUUUGGCGGCACGACAAAACAGGAAAAGCACCGUCGUGAGCUGGAAACCAUAGACUACUUGGUCGAGUUGGUUUCGCCUUACAAUGUUGAUUUUGCCAAUGAGAUGAAGGAGUUGUGGCUCGAGUACGAGGAGAUCAAGUCACCUGAGGCAGUUUAUGUCAAGGACAUCGACAAGUUCGAGAUGAUCCAGCAGGCUUGGGACUACGAGCAGGACUACGGGUUGAAGUACAACUUAAAUGAGUUCUAUGUGGCCCGGCUGGCGAUCAAGACCCCCGAGAUCGGCGCCCUCUGUGACGAGGUGAUCAGGCAGCGGACGCAAAUGACCCAGGAGGCGUCAGCUCCCCAGGAUAAACCUGUGUUUGGCGCUAGUGGCAGAAAAAUUAUCUACGAUAAAGAUGGCAAGCCAUGUAGGAGUUGCAACACCCUUCUAGAUUUCCAGAUGGCCACGGGUGGAAUGAAAAAGGCUCCUCAGAAGGCAAAGACUGAGGUUGCUGCUCCAGCUGCCUCGAAAGAAACCGACGCUUAUGCAAAAGUGGACCCGCCAGACGUAGAGAAGUUGGGCCGUUCUUCAUGGACACUUCUCCACUCAAUAGCAGCCACGUACCCUGAGAACCCGUCGAACAAGCAGCAAGCAGACAUGAAGCAGUUUCUCAAGUUGUUUGGCAACUUUUACCCUUGCUGGUUUUGCGCUGAGGAUUUUGAAAAGUACAUGGCGAAGAAUGAGCCCACAACUGAUACUCAGGACCAUUUGGGCAAGUGGCUCUGUGAGGCUCACAACGAUGUCAACAAGAAGCUUGGAAAGCCCGAGUUUGACUGUAAUUUGUGGAAAAAGAGCUGGAAAGACGGGUGGGAGUAG